AAUAUUUUAUGUGUCAUUCCUAACCGUCACUGUAUGUCAUGUAGUCAGUUGCGGGCGGAGCACCAAAGCAUAUUCCUUGUAUGUGAAUACUUGGCCAAUAAACUUAUUCAUUCAUUCAAAUGUCAUCUGUCUUAAUUCGAAGAUAGGUUUUGUGUGUGUGUGUGUAGGACGGAAUUCCGGAUGCUGGUUUACACCAAAGAUAGACAUAAAAUGCUGGAGUAACUCAGCGGGACAGGCAGCAUCUCUGAAGAGAAGGAAGGGGUGACGUUUCAGGUCGAGACCCUUUCUUCAGACAGGUUUUCUUUCUACCUUUAUAGGUAAUAAAUCAAUGCAGACUGUAUUUGCGAAGUACAAGCAAAGAUCAUAGAAGACUCGGUAUCUUUGGUUGCAAACACCAGUAGACUACCAAAAAAAAAAUGCUUAAGUCGGCACAUUCACAAAUCCCACAUUGUUCAGAGUGGGCCGUGCAGAAAACAAAAAAAAAACUGUUGUUCUGGCACAGUCUGCAAGCUCAUUAAGAGGCAAGAGAGAGAAGCAGAGGCGAGCAGAAAGCCAAUCGCUUUAUUCAUAUCUUGGCCUUUGCUUCUGACGUGCCGGUUUGUAUAUUAGACACACAACCUGUCUUGGUGCUGCCGUUGAGGGCGGAUGUUUCCUUGAAGUCUCUCUGGCUGAGAUCCAGUUGAGUUUUGCAGCCGUGCACAUUGUGCAGGAGAUUCUCCCUGGAGCAUCUCAGCAACCGAGCCAGCCUGGCUGCUGCUGCUGCUGCUGUUGCUGCUGUUGCUGUUGCUGCUGCUGCUGCUGCUGUGGUACACGGGCAAGGGAGGAGAGACUCGAGGCGAGGUGAAGAUAGCCCUCGCCUUCUGCGGCAACACACGGUCGGAAUCAGCGCGGACCCUCUCUCGCAAACAGACACCUCGCUUGCGACCAAAAGGCGGAUUGCAACGUUUGAUUAAUUGAGUGAGUGACAUAUUCGCACUUGGCUGCAGGAAAACCUCGAUGACAGACGCUCAGUGCUUCUCCCACCGUCGCUGUCUGCAGCGGCUGCGAGUCACGGCCGAAGUUCAUGAGUUCGCCCAGCCUGUGCGAGCUGGGCAGGAGCGAGCAGGCGGCCGCCGACGAGCGGGGAAAUCAACAACGUCGCGCCGGGAACAACGCCACCUGGAACAGCAUACAGAACGCCGUGAUUGCUGUGUUCCAGCGGAAAGGUUUACCUGAUAAUGAGCUUCAUCACCUCAACGAGGGGGUCAGGCAGUUACUGAAAACUGAGCUCGGAUCUUUCUUCACGGAGUAUCUUCAGAACCAGCUGCUGACGAAAGGCAUGGUGAUUUUGAGGGACAAAAUACGGUUUUAUGAAGGACAGAAAUUGCUCGACACUGUGGCGGAGGUUUGGGACUUUUUCUUUUGUGACAUUCUUCCAAUGCUGCUGGCAAUAUUUUACCCUGUCCAGGGUAAGGAGCCGACUGUCCGGCAGAUAGCCCUGCUACAUUUCAGGAAUGUGAUCACGCUGAACGUGAAACUGGAAGAUGCUCUCUCUCGCCCACGUGCCAGGGUCCCCCCUUCAAUCGUUCAGAUGCUGCUAAUAUUACAGGGCGUUCAUGAGUGCAAGGGGGUGACGGGGGAUUACCUGCGGCUGGAGUUGCUGAUACAGAAGGUGGUGUCUCCAUACCUGGGCACGUACGGUCUACACAUGGGAGACGAACAUGUCACGCACUCUGCCUGUUUUCUGGAAAAAAAGUUUUUCCCGCGGUGCCCCAAAUCGAACGAGCUUCUGGCCAAGAAUCCGGUGGUGCGUUCGAAGAGCUACAACAAUCCGAUGCUGACGCCAGUGGCAGAGUAUGAACUGGAAGGGAGCCUGGUGAACGGGACCAGCAUCAGGAGGCACUCUGUGUCGGAGAUGACCACGUGCGGCGAGCCUGAAGGCCUCUUAAACCGCAGCUCCUACGUCACCUCCCCCGCUCCGGAUCCCGCCACCAUUGUUACCGGCGCGGCGACGCGGGAUCGCUCCCCGGGAGAACAAGAGCGGACCGGCGCGGGCCUGAGUCUGUUCCAAGCGGAGGCACCAGCAGGAGCCCAGGACAAUGGUUUCAAGUCGCCCACGCCGGCCGCAUCGUCCGGCCACGAGAGCCCGGUGGACAACACGCUGGAAUCGGAAGGGAUCUUUCUCGACUUUGGCCACCGGUGUUCAGAGACGCCGACCUACGGCCGGGACAUGGGCAGGCAGAGCGUGGUGUGACGUCCAGCGGAACGGCAAAGCCAGGAGCGUAAUAAUGCAAUAACCAGACCACUCACAACUGCAGUCAAACCAUGACUGACGCACUGCCAGUUACGCGAUGGUCAAGCAAUGUUCAGUUCAUUAAAGCAAGGAGGAAGAAGACUUAAUGAGAGCCGAUGUGAAUAUGAAGUAUGACUUCUCCAAGUCCUUGUCCGGACUGAUGAUACGUGCUACCUUGAGCACAAGGGACGUUGGUUGUUAUGCCCGUACGGUUGAUGUACCAUCUCCAGACAAGAUAAAGGGGGGAUCAAAGCAUUUCUUGCUUUCUCCCUGCCCCAUUUAUCUGUGUCUAUGCUGUGCGGACAAGGGCAGUGCAAUGCCACAGCGGGAUUCGCUGCCUUUCAGCGCAGGAGACCCGGGUUCCACCCCGACCAUGGGCGCUGGUCUGUACGGACUUUGUACGGCCUCCCCGGUGGGUUUCCUCCGAGAUCUCCGGUCUCCUCUCACACUCCAAAGACGUGCAGGUUUGUAGGCUAAUUGGCUUGGUGAAAUUGUAACCAAAAAAAUGUGUCCUUUGUGUGUGUGUGUGUAGGAUAGUGUUAGGAUGCGGAGACUGCUGGUCGGUGCGGACUCGCUGGGCCGAAGGGCCUGAUUCCAAGCUGUAUCUCUAAACCAAACUAAGCUAAACUAAUCCCCGAGGAGUCUACAUGCAGUUCUGUAGCGCACAAACUCCGACAGGGUUGUUUGAGAUUGUAAUACUCACACUAGGUUUGCAUCUUGCCAAAGAGCAGCUGCUGGCAGAGUUGGCGAAGAUACAAGAUAGUCUGUAGCCCUUUUAAGUGCCGGAAAGAGAUUAUUUUAACGCAGACAUUUUGAAAGAAAUUAGGAUUCACUCAGAUUCCACAAUGAUGUGAGCAGUGUUAAGUAGUCCCUCAAACCUGCUCUUUUGAUGCCACUUGGCCUCUACUCGCUGGAGUUUAGAAAGAUGAGGAGGGGUCUCAUUGAAACUUACAGAGUAGUGAAAAGCCUGGAUACAGUGUGUGUGGAGAGGAUGUUUCCACUCGCGGGAGAGUCCAGGACCAGAGGGCACAGCCUCAAAAUUAAAGGACAUCCCUUUCGGAAGGAGAUGAGGAGGAAUCUCUUUAGUCAGAGGGUGGUGAAUCUGUGGAAUUCAUUGCCACAGAAGGCGGUGGAGGCCAAGUCAGUGGAUAUUUUUAACGCAGAGAUAGAUAGAUUCUUGAUUAGUACGGGUGUCAGGGGAUUAUGGGGAGAAGGCAGGAGAAUGGGGUUAGGAGGGAGAGAUAGAUCAGCCAUGAUUGAAUGACUGA